AUGUCUUCCAGCUGGACCAUCUCUGUUGGAAAUGAGCGCGGUGCGAACACCAACUAUGCGGUGUUCAUAGAACCUCCAAGUUUCACUGGCGGCCUGCAGCCUUGGAUGAACGUCUGGUAUACCUCGUUCGUGCCUUACCAUGGAAACUUCGAGAUUCGCUCUGGCCUGGACUUCUUCGCCUGGGUCGGUACCGCUCCUACCGCACCGGCACCAGGCGUCGUCAUCAACAGUGGCAUGAAUCUGCUGGCCCGUCUCGGUACAAGUACUGUGCCUGGAAGCACCUUUGAAAAGCAGGUCAUUCAAAGCUUCCCCACGAUCACCGAAGUCGAGUCGACUGCCGUCCCUGGGGCUUUUGAAAUCCAGACUGGCUCCGACUUCAACGUGCCCAACAACACGUACCUACUGGGACUUGCCAAAGUCAAUAACCGUGGGCAGGUCGCCCCCGUUGCGUCGGUUGCUCCCCACAACAAUAUGAAAGUCCAAAUCAGCCCCAAGAUGAAGUUCUACGUCUCCGAGAGCCAGCAGGUUCCCGGCGAAAUUGUUGACUAUCACGCUGUUACCAGGGAUGGUGCUACCAUUGACUUCAGUGAAGGCGAGGGCAUGGGCAAAUUCUACGCCCGUGUGGUCCAAAACGCCGAUGGCAGGUUCGAUGUCAAGUACUAUGACAGAUUUGACGAUUGA